CAUCCGCAGCUCAGCAACUAGAGCAGUCAGGCUAGAGUGGAGCUUGAGGUAGCCAGGCAGGCAGUGAAAAGAAGCUCUAAGAGGAAUUAAAUUUUAAAAAGUGAAUUGCAACUGAAAACUCGAGCAGGAUGACCUCCAAGUGUCCUAAGUGCGAACAGCCGGUUUAUUUUGCUGAAAAGGUGAGCUCUCUUGGAAAGAACUGGCAUCGUUUCUGUCUGAAAUGUGAGCGCUGUUGCAAAACUUUGUCUCCGGGAAGCCAUGCAGAGCAUGAUGGGAUGCCAUACUGUCACAAGCCAUGCUACGCAACCCUUUUUGGACCUAAAGGAGUCAAUAUUGGAGGUGCAGGAUGCUACAUUUACGACACUCCACCAUCCACGCCUGUGAGCAAAUCAAUGGAAAGCCCCAGUGGUAACUCUCCUACUACACCUUGGACAGCUAAUCAGACGGUAAAAACACAGCAGAAAGCUGCUUCUGUACGUGUUAAGACUUUCGCUGGGGAAACCUCACUUUGCCCUGGCUGUGGAAAGGUAGUCUAUUUUGCUGAGAAGGUGAUGUCCUUGGGUAGAAAUUGGCACAGGCCGUGUCUUCGCUGUGAGAGAUGCAAAAAGACGCUCACUCCAGGAGGUCAUGCAGAGGUGUCAACAUUGGAGAGGUUGGGUGUUAUAUUUAUGAUAACCACAAUGAACAACUUCUUUUGUAAUGGACACGAUUGCCAAGGUGCAUGUGUAGCACUGGGAAGAAGACUAAAAUACAACCGGAACGAAUGCUACUGCUCUGACAAAAAACGGAAAGCCUACGACAAUUUCAUUUUUAUUAUUUCUUAACUUUAAGUUCAUCAGGUCACGUUCUUGUUAAAGGAUUAGAAUGACAAAGUCCUUGAGUAAGGCAGUGCCACUGUAGAGUGAGUGCAUAGCUUCAUUUUUCAUUUAAUAAUUUUAUUUUGUUCAUAUUUGUUAAUAAAGUAGUCCUAGACUAUCUAUAUGUGCAGGUUAAAUAUUAUAACGUGGGUUUUUUGUCCUCUGUAUUGUCAUACUUUGUGUGUGUGCAGUGUGUUUUGUUUUUUUUUAUUAAUUGGAAAUUCAGAAAAAAUAAAACUGUUUAAUGCUAUUUUUGUAUUUGUUACAAAGGGUAGAAAAAGUGAGAAUAUUUAAUGUAAUAUUUCUUAAACGGCACUGAGGAUUGAGAAUUAAAUUGCCCACCGAAUUCAUGAAAAGAGCUCCACAUCUGGGCUGCACUGCUGAUGUUCAGGUCUCUGUGCUUCUUGACUAAACCCCCCAACCUGAAGCCCUGUAGUCGUCAAUAUAUGAAAAAGUGAGAAGCAAAUGUGCUACUCACGCCUGCGAUGCCUAAAUUCGUUUCCAAACUAGACAAGCCUUUGAGAUGCAGUAUUACCUUGGCAAACUUCAUUUGCUAUAUAAUCCUUCAGGUAGAGUCCAUGUCACCCAUCACAGCUGGGUUGUGCAUUUCCAGUUUCAAAAGUGUCGAAAACGACACGGUUAACUGUUCUUGAAUUGCUCACAUUUGGUUUGUGGUUCUACUGACUUGUGACAUUUGCUAGUCGUCUUUUUAGGGUGGGAUUUCCCAAAUGUGUUUAUGUCUAGUUUGUAUCAUUUGUUUGAUUCUUUUCAGGCUGCUGUGAGUGUAGUUAUGUGGUUUUAUUCUUUCAUUUAGGGUACAUGUAUUAAAAGUAAAACGAAUUGCUGUUAAAAAGCAAUAGUGCAAAUUGUUACGUAAAGAAUUAAAAUUAUUUUUGUAGGUUAGUUCACCACUUUGCAGACUGCAAGAUUUUAUAAUCAAUGUUUUGAAGUCUCUUCUGUAUUAAACUGCCCAUUUCCUGUAUAUAGUACUCUGAAUAUUUCAAAGGCAUCUGAUGUUUUCUGAAUGUUUAAUACUGUUUUAAGUUUAUGUAUCAGUUUUGUUAAAACUUCAAAUCACAUUGAGAUAACUUAGAAUGUAAGCGUUGAGUGACUGUAAACUAAUGUAUUACUUUUUAUUUUCCAGUUUGCAUAAUAGUAUUUGCCAAAGGUUUGACAGUAUUUAAGUUUUAAUUGUUUAAAGCCCUGUCAUGAUGUUUAUAUUCCUUUUCAUGGAGCUGAAAUGUCUCUAAAAUCUUACAUCAGGUGCUCGAUUCUUAAAAUAAAAAUGGUGUGACAAACA